GAGGUUAUGGUACCCUGUCUGAUGACACGGGUAUAGAACAAGGUUAAAACAUUUCCGCUGACGUACAAUUGUCGGAAUUUCGUAUAAUAAACAAAAAAAUGCUGAGAGUUAUGUCCUCCAAGCUGUCAAUCGGCACUAAUAUCCAGACCAGAUUGAGCCCUCAAAAGUGAUCAAAUACAAUUUUUCAAGAAGAAUAUUUCGGAAGAGAAAAUGAAGAAUUCCCACGCAAUUUAAACUAUUAAAUUACUCAAGCAGUUCACCCACUCGUAAGAUGCACGGUACACUGUUAUUUUACACGAACUGCCAGCUAGGAAAUAUCAGGUUAGAAGAGGUGGCGAUAAUUACCAGCACUUCAUCAUGAUCCAGAGCUUCUGAGUCCCUCGUGCAUCCAAAGUUUUGACAUCUGGAAAGCCCUCGAGCCAAUAGUAUGAACCGGCAAUGGCACCUUCUUCUGGUUUUCUUCGUAUCGACGAUAAUCCCCUCCUCCCAAGACCAUCAUCAUCAUGACACAUCGAGCCGUUGCAACUCCACCAGAGAUGUGCCAUCAACUCUGAAGAUUGAAUUCACCUCGAAAAUAGUUGAGAAUGAAUAUAUUGUGGCGUUCAAGGGCUACUACAAGCGAAAUACUCGCCAGAGCUACAUCGGCGCAGCUCUGAACUCAUCCGGGAUCAGUAACUGGAAGAUUCUAUCAAGAGUCAAUCCAGCAAGCGACUAUCCAAGUGACUUUGACGUUGUACUGCUGGAAGAGAGUGAUAAGCAAAACGGGUUGACUGCUCUGAGUGAUCAUCCUUUAGUGAGGAGGGUGACACCUCAGAGAUUCGUACAGAGGACUUUAAAGUACGUUAACAGCACUGAAGAUGGACAAGAGACAGUUCACGAUGAUCCGGACACUGCCGAGUACUACAAUUUCAAAAGAAAAAUUUCGGGUUUCAACGCCAAUCAAUUCUCAUUCGAAGGGAAAUCAGAAAAUCGUCAUUCCUCGAGAAGGUUGUUGAGGGCUAUACCCAAAGAAGUAACAACUAUUCUCCAGGCUGAUGCCCUGUGGAAGAUGGGGGUGACUGGUCGAGGGGUGAAGGUCGCUGUUUUCGAUACAGGAUUGGCCGCGAGUCAUCCACACUUCAAAAAAAUCAAGGAGAGAAGCAAUUGGACGAAUGAGAAGACUCUGGAUGAUGGGCUGGGUCAUGGGACCUUCGUUGCUGGGGUCAUAGCUUCUGCCUCCAGAGAGUGCCUCGGAUUCGCUCCUGAUGCUGAAUUGUACGUGUUCAGGGUGUUCACUAGCAAACAGGUGUCCUACACCUCCUGGUUCUUGGAUGCCUUCAACUAUGCUAUCCUUUCGAAGGUGACUGUUCUCAAUUUGAGCAUCGGCGGGCCUGAUUUUAUGGACCAUCCCUUUGUGGAUAAGGUCUGGGAGCUCACAGCUAAUGGGGUGAUCAUGGUAUCGGCGAUUGGCAACGAUGGGCCACUCUAUGGUACGCACAAUAAUCCUGCUGAUCAGAUGGAUGUCAUUGGUGUGGGGGGAAUUAAUUGGGACGAUCAGAUUGCGAGCUUCUCGUCCCGUGGGAUGACCACUUGGGAGCUACCCCAUGGAUAUGGAAGGCUCAAGCCAGAUUUGGUGACUUACGGUUCGGGAGUUAGGGGUUCAUCGUUGAGGCAUGGGUGCAGACCACUAUCGGGCACCUCCGUAGCAAGUCCCGUAGUUGCCGGGGCCAUUGCCCUCCUGGCGAGUGGGUUCGUGACCAAAUCAUCCACUAACCAAGAUGAGUAUGACUCCCCUGACGAUCAUCCCGGCAGAAUAAGCGAGAUAAUAACUCCAGCUAGUAUGAAGCAAGCCCUCCUGAGCUCUGCGAAACGUCUCCCAGGGGUUGGAAUGUUCGAGCAGGGGGCUGGAAAGCUAGAUCUCCGUCGAGCUUUCUAUUACCUCCGAACAUACAUCCCUACGGCGACACUGAAUCCCAGCUACAUAGACCUGACAGAAUGCCAGUACAUGUGGCCGUACUGCACCCAGGCUAUCUACCACACAGCGAUGCCCACCAUCGUCAACGUGACGAUAAUAAAUGGCCUUGGAGUGUCUGGGAACGUCUCCGAGGUCGUCUGGCAUCCUUACGUCAGCUCUGAUAAUGGAGAUGGGGAGAAAAUCGAGGUCGCCCUUACCCACAGUGACGUAUUGUGGCCAUGGUCUGGGUGGUUGGCUGUUGCUAUCACUGUUCCAAGUUCCGCGGCGAAUUGGCAAGGAAUUGCUCAGGGUCACAUUACGAUAACUGUUGAAUCGCCACCUGGUCAUGGGGAGCACGAGCCCAGGAGGUCAGUUAUUGAUUUACCCCUUAAGGCAAGGGUCAUUCCUACACCACCGAGGCACAAGAGGAUCUUGUGGGACCAGUAUCAUAAUUUAAGAUAUCCCCCUGGAUACUUUCCACGAGACGACCUCAGAGCUAAAAAUGAUCCUCUCGAUUGGAAUGGCGAUCACAUUCAUACGAAUUUUAAGGAAAUGUACCAACAUCUGAGGAAUAACGGAUAUUAUCUGGAAGUCCUCGGCACUCCCUUCAACUGUUUUAAAGCUAAAUAUUACGGAACACUUCUGAUUGUCGAUUCAGAAGAGGAGUUCUUUCCCGAGGAGAUAAACAAAUUGAAAAAGGAUGUGGAGGAAGAAGGUCUUUCGAUUGUUGUUUUUGCUGAUUGGUAUAACGUUACGGUGAUGAAGAAAGUCCAGUUCUACGAUGAGAACACGAAGCAAUGGUGGAUACCAGACACUGGAGGAGCGAAUGUUCCAGCCCUGAAUGAUCUUCUCUACGAAAAUUGGGGGGUGGCUUUUGGUGAUUGGGUAGGGGAUGGACUGUUCAGGCUGGGAGAACAUGCACCAAUUAAUUUUGCAUCAGGAACGAACAUCGUGAAAUUUCCAGAGGAGGGAAUUUUGGUGAAAAUGCAGCUGAGAGAUCAGGGGGAAGAACUGUUGCUGGGGAAGGAGACUGGGACUGUCGGCACUAUGCCCAUCAUUGGGUUGCUCCAGACAAAGAGCAGAAAGUUUAAUGAGAUUGGUGGACAGGAGGAGGAAAGUGAUAAUCGUGGACAUGAGGCUCGUUCUUCUGGUGGACCUGGUAGAAUUGUCGUUUAUGGAGAUUCUAACUGUAUUGAUGAUGCUCAUGCCAAAAAACCCCCAUGUUUCUGGAUGCUGGACGCCUUCCUCGAAUACACAACAACUGGCUACGUUCCAUCCAUCUUCACAAAUGCUCACAACGAUAAAAAAACCCCGAUAGCCUCAGAGAGAUUUUUUUCUCACCUGCCAAAACGAAUGGAGGGAAAUCAUUUGGAUCAGCACAGCAAAGUUCUGGAGGCGUCCUCCACAUCAGCAGGUGGCCAGCACUUACGAUCCCUUCCCCAAUGCCCAUUGCCAAUACCUGCCGUGCCACAUCCACUGAAUGAGUCAGCCCCGACAAAUCUCUACAAGCCCCAAAAGCUUCUCUCCAUCGGUGAUUACCUUCCAGCGCCAGUAGUCCACCAGGAGUCAGAGUCUACGUGGUUUAAGCGACGAAAUGGCGGUGGAAAUGAUCAAACGUUCGCUGUCAAUCUUGAACCAAUUGACGAGUCGAGUGGAUUCCACGAAAAAAUUAAGCACCGUUGGCUCUACAUAAGCCAAUGGACAUUCAUGUUGGCUGUUAUCAUUAUUUGCGUCAUCAUGAUUUCAGUCAUCAGGAACUGGAUGACGUGCGGAGUAAAACGGCCAUCGAGAAGGAAACGAACAAUGGGGAAGUUGAGGAGGGUCAUCCAGGCUAUCGCCGUUCAUAGAGUGCCUCAGAUGUAAAAAUCAUCGCAUAUUGUUUUCAAUUAUCUCUACUACAUAAUCGAAUAGUUAAUAUUCAUAGGAUAUAUAGCGGGGGUUUAAGCAAUCGGAGAGAGGAUGCAAUUGUAAAAAGUGUUACUAGGGUACCAAUAAUAUUAACAUAAUUUUUUGUAGAAGUGCCGAAGGGAGUCAGUGAUAUCGGAAUUAUUGAGGACUGUUCAAAGGGUAGUUGGGGACUUUGUUAUAACCAACCGUCCAAUCCAAAGGACUUGUUUAUUCAUCAUUCAAUUGACUGAAUGUUUAAUAGGGGGAGACUGUUUUGAUAAACUAUCUUUAAUUAAUUAGGGAAUAUCUUUACAAUAUUAAAUUCACGUUGAAAAAAAAA